AGCGGAGCCCCGGUGCCUGCUGUGCCCGCAGGGGUGGUGAGCAUCGCGGAGCACAACGUGCAGGAGCUGAUCGUCGCCGCCGACAUGCUGCAGCUCACCGAAGUGGUGGAGCUCUGCUGCGAGUUCCUGAAGGGGCAGAUCGACCCGCUGAACUGCAUCGGCCUCUUCCAGUUCUCCGAGCAGAUCGCCUGUCACGACUUGAUGGAGUUCACCGAGAGCUACAUCCACGCGCACUUCCUGGAGGUGCAGGGCGGCGAGGAGUUCCUGGCGCUGACCAAAGAGCAGCUGGUGAAGAUCUUGCGAAGCGAGGACCUCAGCAUCGAGGACGAGUACCAGGUUUUCACGGCGGCGAUGCAAUGGAUUCUGAAGGAUGUGGGGAAAAGAAAGAAGUAUGUCGUAGAAGUGCUGGAGCCUGUUCGAUUCCCCCUGCUUCCGGCCCAAAGGCUAUUAAAAUACAUAGAAAGUAUUCCAGAUUUCAGCCUUCGGGUGGCCCUGCAAACUCUGUUGAAAGAAUAUUGUGAAGUCUGUAAAUCUCCCAAAGAGAACAAGGUCAGCAAUUUUCUGCAAGCUUCUAAAGGUCGUCCCCGGAGGAAAGCCAGGAAGUACCUUUAUGCAGUAGGUGGGUACACCCGUCUGCAAGGAGGACGCUGGAGUGACAGUAGAGCUCUCAGCUGUGUGGAACGAUUUGACACUUUCAGCCACUACUGGACCACAGUGUCCUCUCUCCACCAGGCCCGGAGUGGGCUGGGUGUGGCUGUGGUGGGAGGAAUGGUCUAUGCCAUUGGAGGUGAGAAGGACUCAAUGAUUUUUGACUGUACGGAAUGUUAUGAUCCUGUUACUAAGCAGUGGACCACUGUGGCUUCCAUGAACCAUCCCCGUUGUGGACUGGGAGUGUGCGCAUGCUAUGGUGCUAUCUAUGCUUUGGGAGGUUGGGUUGGAGCAGAGAUUGGCAAUACAAUUGAAAGAUUUGAUCCUGAAGAAAAUAGUUGGGAUGUUGUGGGAAGCAUGGCUGUGCCACGUUACUACUUUGGCUGUUGUGAAAUGCAAGGUUUGAUUUAUGUUGUUGGUGGUAUCAGCAAUGAAGGAGUAGAGCUACGUACUGUUGAAGUCUAUGACCCAAUAUCUAAACGUUGGUCAGAGCUCGCUCCAAUGGGCACCCGAAGAGCGUAUCUUGGUGUAGCUGCUCUCAAUGAUUGUAUCUAUGCUGUGGGAGGCUGGAAUGAAUCUCAGGAUGCACUUGCUACUGUAGAAAGAUACUCCUUUGAAGAGGAAAAGUGGGUUGAAGUUGCACCGAUGAAGAUACCAAGAGCUGGUGUCUGUGUUGUGGCUGUGAAUGGAUUUCUUUAUGCCUCGGGAGGCCGAGCUCCCAGCCACGAUUUUGCUGCUCCAGUAACCUCUGACUCUGUUGAAGUUUAUAACCCUCAUAUGGACAGUUGGACUGAAAUUGCCAACAUGAUCACCAGCCGCUGCGAAGGAGGUGUAGCUGUGCUGUAAAACACAAAGAAGAAAACUCAUUCAAGGAAUGAGUAAAUCUGUCUCCUCAGAUUUCUGGUUUUAUGGUCCAGAAACCUCUUCUAAUGCAGGAGCUUCGGUAGAAACUGGAGAACUAGAUCAGAGGGCUUUUCCUGAGCAAAAGGAAAUAUUAGAACUCUUGCCCUUCAAAGU